AUGGCGAGGCGGAGCUCUCUCGACCCCGCCGCAGAUGGGGGAUCGUCCUUGCAGGCUGCUGCUCUGCCGGUAUUCAUCGAUACGAACAUCGACACUCACAUUGCCUUGACCGUCUCUCUCCGCGACACCGUUGCCGACCUCAAGAGUAAACUUUCUGACCUCUCUCUCUCUCUCACUCUAUAGUUUAUUUUCUUCCGCAUGCGUUCACUUUAUCUCAUGUUUUGAUCUCCGUUUCUUGAACAAAUCCUGUUGUGGUUCUGAUGAUGUCAUUUCCGAUGUCAAACACCCCAUCCUUAUCGUAUGUUAGGUGCACAGUGUUUAUGUGAGAGCGAAUCUAGAAACACUCCCCUACUUUAUCUCAUCAGUUUUUGAUAUUUUCUCAAUCAUGUCUCAAUGAUGGACGUUCUCUUCUUCGCACUAUAUUUUAUCUUGCGUCUUCGUGUGAUUAUCUUUUAUCUAUUUUUAUCUCUAGCACGUGUGCUUUCCAUGUCUUUAGUCUUCUUCAGAAGCUGACUUCAACUGGAUUAUAUUUUUUCAGGGAAAGCGAGGAUCGAGCAUGUCUUCUGCUUCCCUAAUAUAGGGGACAUCAAUAUUGUAGCAUUGAAGGUAAUAACCUCCCGAAGAGCAAAGGCGGAAAAUGUUUUUGCUUCAGAGUCCAACCUGUUGGAAAUAGAUAUUUCUUAUUCGCGAACGCUGUUUCUUUUAUUUUUUAUUUUUCUCUUUCGCCUCAUCUGAAGCGGUUUGAGAAAUGUGCUUGUCAACCACAGGUGAUGCGGAGGUCUGCAUACUACCACUUGUCAGAUUCUAUGCUUGCCAGAACGGCUUUUGAUGGGAUCAAAGGGACCUGGUUUCUUCAUAUGGAUGUGAGUCCUACUGCUGGUGAUUGUGGUCUACCUGGAGACACUGCAAACAGGACUGAGUUUGGGACCAUGUCUUCCUCACCUGCUAAUGCUUUGGGUAAAACUGAUUCACUUCUGAAGUUAAGUCGUACUCAACCUGAUUCACCUACUAAUGCUCUCGUUGGUUCGUCAAAAUCCACGUGUUACAGGUAACAACCGAUCUCCAAGAUUGCAGAUUGCCUCCACUGUUCAGCUCCAUGUUAGUGACACGCAUGUCAAAGCAUCAAGAAAUAAGUCUGGAGCUAUAGAUUCUUUGGGUGAUUCUAAAAACUUGGUUGAUAGUAUAAAUAUAGAUGCUAAUGACCCAGAAAAGCGUAAUCCGUUCUCUGAGGAAAAUAGAAUGCCUCACUCAGACAUUCAGAUCGAAAGAGAGAUUUUGGUUGAUCAACCAAAGAUAGAUGUCAAGAAUGGCGGCUCUAUUAUUGGUGAUGUUCCUAAUGAUGAUGCUAAAAAUUCUAGAGAUGGGCACUCACUGAAACCUUCUUCUGGUAAGAGAAGACAUGAUGAAGAGCGUGAAAAAAAAAAUGCCGACUCAUGCAAGGACAAUGGUGAAGAACAUCCGAAAGCGAAUGGGUACAAAAACAUACUAGGGGAUAAACUUUCCAAUGAUUUCAUCAGAGAAAAUAUUGAUACAUCAGGUGGAGGUCGUAGUCAGAUAUUAAAUGAUAGGCCAUCGUCACCACUUGUUCUCCAUGAAAGGAAGAAGAGGAAGAAGAGGAGGAAAGGCGAGUCUACUGAGUGUUACAUUGAAGGCGAUGCUGCCAUGGGUCCCUAUGCAACUGACACCAACAAGGAAUCGAUUUUUGGGAUAGGACCAUCAAAAGAAUUCAUUGAGGACACCCUUGAGAAGACUUUGAGUACUGCGGAUCCUGAUCUUCGUGCAAAUGUUGUUGAAAAACCAUCCAUGGAAAAUACUACCGCGAAUUCAACAAGUGGAAAUCAUGUGGAUGCAAAUUAUGAAGAUCCUUCUAAGGAUGGUAAAAGAAGCAAACGUAAGUUCAAGAAGCAACCAACAGAAGGUGAUCUUUCCAACCAUGACACUGGUGCACAUGACAUUAAGGAUUUCCCUAUAAAAUUAGCGAGUUCCAAAAAUCCAGGAGAUGAACCAGCAUAUGACCUUGAAAACCUAUGUAUGGAGCCUAAUGGAGGCAUUGUUUCUGAAGAAACUCCCGGCCUUGGAAAUGCUGCUGAUAUUGUGCCUGAAGUUCCUAAUACUAAUGGUAUUACAAACUCAAAUCGGGGCAGAAAAAAGCUGGUAAACUCAGGAGAUGAUAAAACUCUUUAUUCAGCAGAAAAUGUUCAUGAACAUGCUACAAAAGCAGAAAAGUCCAGAGAAGAUAUAUGUGAAAACUCUGGCCGCAGAGAAAAAAAAUCAUCAAAAAUCAAACAGUCUAGUAUAAAGUCCUCUCAGGAAAAUGUUCCUCGUAUUGUCGUCCCUGUAAUUGAUUCAGAGAAAUCUGACAAAGAUACAGGCAUUUUAAGCUCUGAUGGUGGGAUAAUCAACUUUUAUGAAGCGUUUUGUCCAAGGGAGACCGAGGGGAUUAUUAACAAUGAAGAUGGACAGACCAGAACGGAGAGCCACAAAAGGAAAACAGAAGAAAGUGAUGCCGUUGAUUGUGCCAUGCAACCAAGAUACCUGGUAGCAAAGAAACAAAAAAAAUCACGCAAGCAAACAACUGGAGAUGCGCCCAGUGACACUUUUUCUUAUUCCCAUCCGACAUCUCUUGAAAGCUCACAGGAUCACCAAAUAUGCGAAAAUAACGACCAAUCUCCAGACACGAAAUUGAAAAGACAGAAGCAUCGUGCUGAAGCAAAGACACCAGUGGAUGACCUGCAAAGCAGUGAUCCUGUUAGUCAUUAUCAGACUCAUGAUUUGGAUGAGGACUUCGGUAGCGAAAUGAAUCCUGGUUUAGUCACACCGGAUGACAACACAGAAGAGGACAUCAAUGAUACCAGGCGUUUUCGUGUUGCUGUUAGAAAAGUACCUAAACGUAGGGCGGAGAAAGUUCUGAAGAAGGCUAACCCAGAGGUUUUUUUGAAACCAGCAGAUGAUAUUUUCUGUCAUGUUUUGGGCUCUCGUUUGGCAGAUAAACCUGCAGAGAGUAAUGGAGUUAUCAAUAACAAGGCUGUAUCUCACACAACACAAGCAUCAGCUGAUCUGGAAGAGGUUUCACCGGAAAAUGCAUUAGAACCAGGAGCCUAGCUCCCUAGGUAAUCCGAACUUCAUCCUCAUGCGGCUUUAAAUCCCUUGAUUCGCAAUGAUGAUAAUUUUCAUAUCUACUAGAUUAUUCUUUCCGAUGAAAAGGGGUGUCUGCCCGAAUCCAUAUAAAAUAUUUAAAAUAGAAACUUCAAAUCAGCAUAAACAUUGAAGAAACAAAAUUUUCUGGGUAUCAUGCUACCUCUGUCACUGCAAACGAUUUUUUGGUGAUUUCUAUAUGCAUUCAUGUCAUUUGCAAGCCUCCGUUUCAAAAUCGCAAGUAUAACGUCAUGCUCACAUGCAAGUUCACGGCACUCUAAUUCUUUAUUUUCCACCUGAAUGUGCACUCUUCAUGGUGGUGGAUACCCUGAAAAAGAUAUCCCAGGAGUCAGAUUUAAAGUUUUCUGUAUUUUUCUGUCACGUCUAUAAACUCGUACUGAUUUGAGUAUUCUUCUAUGAUUUUCUGAGGAUUAUUAAAUGUGGAAGAACUGUUCUGUGGUGACAAAGAUGGAUGUUUUUAUUAAUGAGCUCCACAUAUGGGUAUGAAACAUUAAAUUUAUUUCAUUUGCAUUGAUAAGCAAAUAGAAGGUGUUGAUGCCGUUAGCUUAAAAAAAAUGGAUACCAAUACUUUGGAGUUUCCUUUAUCAUACCACAUAAUCCUUCAUGGCAUGACUUAAAUUUGUAUGUUCCGGGUGAUUUGGUUGCCACAAAUAGAUGUUAUGACAGCUCUGCAUUCAAUUUAUUUGCACAUGACAUAUUUUUUACCGUCGGUUGAUAUUUACCUCCAAGAAAGAAUCAAUUAAAUAUAACUAAAAGUGGUUUUUUUAGUGCCAAAUUUUAGGGUUUGGUAGAGAGGAGGAAGGGGGGGGAGAUGGAGAGACAUGUCACUGAGAGUUAUCUUUCUUCCUCUUUUAGAAAAAAAAAAAAAAAAAAAAAAAACCAGCAGAAGCUGCCAUUGGAAACACCAAUUUUCUACCAGGACGCUUGAAAUAAAAGAAAAGAAAACCAUGAGGAAGCUGCUCUGCUUUGAUAUAGGAAUCUGGUAGGCUCAGGGAAAAACCAUAUUCGUAGGGCAUUCCUAUAUUUCUUUCAAAGGCGUAUGACUUCAUAAAAAUGCUCCUCUCGAUGUCAUAUGCACGGUGUUAAUAGGUUGACAUCUCAAAAUUAGAUUGGGAUCGAGGAGCAAUGCAUCAAAUUAAUUAAAUAUUAUUUUUUCAAAAGUUUUUGCAUCCCUAAAAAGGUAGAAUCGGCUGAUGUAUUCACCAGUUUGGUUCAACUUGUUCCCAAUGGCAGUAUAAAGUUCAUUCUGUUUCUUGAAGUGAUGCGAUACAGCCGAAUAAAAUGGUUUUAUUUUUCCAAACAAAGGCUUCAUGGAAGUCUCUUGAAAUCAGGGUUCACCCGUGACUUAUCCCCAAACAAUCGACUCUGUUCCGGUUGCUAGCCUACCUCUCAAACUAGCUCCUCGGAAUCCUAAGAGCCUUUUUUUUUUAUAAAAAAUUUCUGGUUUUCAGGGUGUGCUGCCUUAAAAUCCGCAUCUCGCUUAUAAAUGAGGAGCUGGGCGGGCGGCUAUGACCAUCAGCAACCCAUCACAUUAACUGAAGUCCUAGGAGACGGCAAAUUUUGGUGUGGUACCUUCCCUGUGCCCUCUUUUAUUUCUUUUUUGUUUUCCUUUUGA